CUGAGCCUCUACUUCAGUCAAUCCUCUUCGAUCGAAAUCUCCAGUACACGAGCAAAAAUGUCGUCCGUCGAGCUGAACCCCAGACCAGUCAGAGUAUCUCCCUUGAUCAAGUUCGGAAGAUGGGGACUGCUGGUGUCGGGUAUCCUCUACGGGGCUUUUCACCAAAAUCGAUUGAGCAAGAAGGAAACUGCCUGGCGUGAAGUGGAAUCUAAAAAGAAAGUCAUUAGGGACAAGAAAUUAGCUGAAGAGAAAAAACGCGCAGCUGAAGCUGAAAUGGCGGACCUCGAAGCGAUGAUGAAGUAGACAUCCACAUCCUCUAGUACAUUUCAUCCUGUUUGAAUUAAAUCCACGAAGAAAUGAGUAAUUUCUUUUAAAGAACAUCCCUCUCGUUUCAAGAACGCUCAAAAUUCUGAAAUAAAUUAUACUUAGAUUAUAA